AUGUCUCCUGAAGUUUGUAUCGCCCGACAGGUGCUCGAUGAGGCAGAUCGACUGCUUAAUCCGACCUUUGCUCCAGAACUGGAGUAUUUAUUCAAUAUUCUUCCGAGGGAGAGACAGACCUGUCUUUUCACAGCAACAAUGACAGAAUCCAUAAAAACUCUGAUCGCGGUUCCUCCUCGACCAGGAAAACAGAAGCCGUUUAUACAUCGGAUGGUUGCCAAGGUUGAAACCGUAGAAACGCUCGAACAGUUCUACGUUCUCGUCCCAUCGCACGUCCGAGAGCCCUACCUAUUCCACCUCCUCUGCAGCCCUCCAGAGAGUAUCAUCCAUAUGCGAUGCGCACCUCCAGAACCCGCUGUUGACCCAGAUGCAAUAGAACAACCUCCACCGACAAUAAUAUUUUGUGCACGGGCACGGACAGCUGCAUACCUUGCAACGCUUCUACAAACACUGGGAAUCCGAAGUACCCCAUUACACUCUCGUCUCACGCAGCGUGCACGUCUUACUGCACUUGGAUUAUUCCGCGCACGCGUCGUUCCGGUACUUGUAUGCACAGACGUCGGCGCUCGUGGACUAGACGUCGACGACGUCGCGCUGCUCGUGAACUGGGACAUGCCACAAGAACCAGAAGAAUACACACAAUUGUGUCGGACGAACGGCACGGCGCGGGCGGACCGAGACGAAACUGCGGGAGAUGGCUGCCAGAAAAAGUUGAAUGCAGUCUCCACCGCUAAGUGGCUUGCGAACAUGCUCGAAAAGAAAAACUUCCAAGCCAAGAGCCAGCCGCGAGUCGUUUACCCUUACAUCAAUCAUCUUCUAGCUGAACUGCAUGAUUCGGACUUCGGGAAGCGGGAGGAGAUCCACAAGAUUAAGCAGGCAAAAAGGGAGCGUGUCAGUGCGCCAAGAUCCUCCAGCUGA